AUGCAAUAUUAUGGUGUUGAUCUUAAAAUUGAUAAAUUCGAUGAUAUUGAAGAAGUUCAAUAUCUUGGUAGCAAGGUAUUUCGUAACACUUAUAAACAAAAUAUUAUAUUACCACCCGCUCCACCAUUACUUGUAUACCAUGAUCUUUCACAAACUCUAUUACGCCAAAGUGCAUACCGUUGGUACCAAGCAAAAACACAUAAGGAUGGUACUUAUAAACAUUUUGACGAAAUUUAUACCGUACCUUCCUUACAAGAACAAUUAUGCAACUGA